AUGAUAACGUUUCUCAAAAGACGAUUAUUAAUUAUAAUAACUGUCUUCGCUGUAUUUAGCUUGCUUUUCAACUUUUUAAUAUCAAUAUCGAUUAAUAGAAUUCAAAACUAUAUUCAACCAAUUGUUGAUGACAGCACAGAAUCAUUUGAAACCGAUCCAAACUUCAUUCAAUGCCCAGAUUACUCCAAAGAUUAUCAAAUAAAUUUCGAUAAUAAAUUUUGGCAAGUGUUGGAGACAUCAGAUGGAACAAUUAAAAUGUUUAACUCUUAUUAUGACUCAAGAAAAAUUUUGGGAAAUGAAACAAUUAUCCGAAUAAUAUCAAUGAUCAAUCGGAUUGAUCCCAGCAUCAAAACUUAUUGUCAGUUCUAUUUCGAAGGAAGCAAUAAGCAAGUUUUUUCAGAAGUUUUUGAAUAUUUGAUGAUGUGGAAUGAAGGUUGGCAACUCAAUGAAAAUGGAUAUACUCCAUAUCUUCUCAGUUGUAAGAAUCCAGUUGCCCACAUCCCAACUUCAGUAUCGCUUGUGGAGAAGCCAUGUGAAGUCCCAACAAACAAUCUUAAAAUUAUUUUUAAUGAACCAGAAAAUGGUUUGAAGAAAUCAUUUGCAGUUUGUGGUAAGGACAUGAUCUUCAAAGAAGACAAAAGUUUGCAGCUUAUUGAAUGGAUUGAAAUCCUUUCGAUUCUAGGAGUUGACAAAAUAUUCUUUUAUGUUGUUGAAAUACCUCCUCAAAUGAUGAAAGUUUUGAAAUAUUACGAAUCUAAAGGAAGAGUUGGAAUAGAAUUCAUUUCAGAUGUGACUUUGCCAAGUAAUCAAAACAAAAGUGAAAUUCAAAGAAUUCAGAAUUUGAUGGUGUCACUUAAUGAUUGUUUCUUGAAGCACGUGAAUGAGUACAACAUAAUUUCAGCGUUAGAUACAGAUGAAAUGAUUUUCCCUACCGAUGAUAAUGACAAAACAUGGCACGAAAUUAUUUCCCGCAAGCAGAAAAAUGACGACCUUCCUCCCGCUUAUGUUUUUGAUAACUUAUUUUUCCUUACUGACAGCAUUCGAGGCAAUGAAACUCAAGCUGAAGUUCCAGAAGAAUUCUUUUUUCUGCAGCACGUUUUUCGAGCUCAGAAUUUCUCAAGAAAAGGUGCCGGUUCUAAAUCAUUUUUCAAUACUGAGAAAGUUUUAGUGAUUCACAAUCAUUUCCCAAUGAUUUGCUUCGAUAGAGGUGUUCCCAGCUACGCUUGCCGUUUUCAAUACAUGCCCACUGAAUUUGGACGUCUUCAACAUUAUAAAACAGGUUGCGGGGGUGGUUAUAACAACGAAGAGUGUGAAAACUUUAAACACAAUGUUGUGAAAGAUCUCCUGUUAUGGAAAUAUAAAGACGAAAUUAUUGACAAUACUUUCGAUGUUACUGCAAUGAUCAAUAAUAAUUAA